GCCACACGUGUCAGACACGAACGCCUGUUCACGCCGCGCAUUCCUCCGUGGCUGCGCUUUCGGCCCCCCCAGAAACUUGGGCGGUUACCCCAUGUCAUCCAUCUCUAAUAUCGGACAGGCCACCUGGAACUACCCCAGGCCUCCAUCUGCCACCUGGCACUGUAACCUGCUUGCGCAAGACAUGCACCCAAGCAAUGCUCACGACCGGCGCCUCGCUCCAUAAUUGGACUAUCCUUUUGCUGCUAUGCAGCGCAUCCACGUCGGUACUCGCUGAGACGGCAGCGAAUGAGACGACGACUGCUGAACAAAGCGCUGCUGGUGCAUAUUCAGGUGCCACGACACACCGUACAUCGCAAGCCACUUCGUUGCCUUUGCCUUCGCCCUCGCCUUCGCCCCUGUCCACACGAAGAUACUCCGACAGCGAGAGCACCUCUCCGUACCGCACCAUCAACUACAUUACACAUACGUUACCGCAGCAAUGCGCAAAGACGAGCUGGUCAGCGCCAGGGGAGACGGCUAUCGUGAACGGUACAGGCGUUGAAGGAGGGGCCAUCGCGGGUCUGCAAACUCCAGCCCCUGGGAUAUGGGAGGGGUCAGGGGGCAUCGCAAACGAGGAGAGAAAGAACGCCCACUCGGACGCAUCAUCACAACCAGACGCGACUGGCGCGGCGCCAAGUGCACCAAGCAGUGGUACCGAAGACACGCAGCCGGAGCUAGAGCUUGAGGUAGACUCGCCUUUUGACAAUGCAAACUUUUUGUCUUUUGAGGAAUGGAAGAAGAAGAAUCUGGCCAAGGCCGGUCAGUCACCUGAGAAUGUUGGGCAGGGCAGACUGGCAGCAUCAAAUCAAGCUCCUCGUCGGCGACCCGUCAAUGUCAAUGCCCUGGACUCGUUUGGCGAUGAGGGCGAAAUCUCGAUUGAUUUUAGUGGGUUUGGACGCCCAGAAGAUGGGGGCGUAGCAAACGGUCUUCAGCAGGCCCGGCACAAUGCUGAGGCUACAAAGGUUGCGAAUGGUGACGGCAAAGUGGCUCCAGGAUCGUGGGCGCUAAGCAAAGACGCUGGCAAGACGUGCAAAGAGCGAUUCAACUAUGCCUCCUUUGACUGCGCUGCCACUGUUCUCAAAGCUAACAAGCAGGCCAAAAGCUCCUCUUCGAUUUUGGUCGAGAACAAGGACAGCUACAUGUUGAACAUAUGUUCGGCCGACAACAAGUUCCUCAUAGUUGAGUUGUGCGACGACAUCCUGGUAGAUACUGUUGUUCUCGCCAACUAUGAGUUUUUCUCGUCCAUGUUCCGACACUUUAGAGUCAGCGUGUCAGACCGUUAUCCUGUCAAGAUGGAAAAGUGGCGGACCCUGGGCACAUUUGAAGCACGCAACUCUCGCGACAUUCAGCCUUUUCUCAUCACCGAGCCACAGAUUUGGGCGAGAUAUCUUCGCGUCGAGUUUUUGACGCAGUAUGGAAAUGAAUACUAUUGUCCACUUAGCUUACUACGUGUGCACGGCACUACAAUGUUGGAGCAAUUCAGACAAGAAGAGGAAGAGGCGAGAGGAAUUGAUGAUGACGAAGAUCUGGAGGCUGACGGUGUCGAAGAGCAACCAGCCGGUCAAAUGACUGAUGUACCCCAGAAUCAACAGGUCUCAGAACAAAGUUCGGCCUCCUCGCCAACCCCUACGGAUAACUUGAGAGACUUGAAUGUAACAAGUCCUGGAGAAAACAACGCCCCCACUGCAACUUCGACAACUGAAAAGGCCGAAGCCUCAUCGCCAGUUCACGGCUCCACAACCGACUCCUCGCAAGGACGGGGCUCGGCUACGCAGCCAAAUGCUCCUACUCCAUCCACUCAAGAGUCAUUCUUCAAAUCGAUACAUAAGCGCCUUCAGUAUCUCGAGGCCAACAGCACACUCUCAUUGCAGUAUAUCGAGGAGCAGUCUCGUGCGCUUCGGGAUGCGUUUAUGAAGGUAGAGAAGCGGCAACUGGCAAAGACUGAAAAGUUCUUGGAUCACUUGAAUAGUACAGUGAUGAUAGAGCUCAAGAGUUUCCGCAACAUGUAUGAUCAGUUGUGGCAGAGCACAGUGAUUGAGCUGGAGAGUAUGAAGGAGAGACAAAAGUCUGAAAUGGGCGAGAUUGGCACGAGGCUGAGCUUGCUGGCAGACGAGCUUGUUUGGCAGAAGAGAAUGGCUGUGGUGCAGUCCACACUGUUACUCUUGUGCCUUGGUUUGGUGCUCUUUGUACGGUCUGGCACGCUGGGAUCCAGCGCAGACGUCCCA